AGCUGAUUGUUGAGGGUAAAACUUCAGUGUGGAACAAAAAAAAACGAUUGGAAGUUUUGACCUUCGCUUAAACUUCAGUGUGGUGAAAGAUUGGCAAUUUUGACCUUCCGCCGUGUUUUGAAGCGAGUUCAGUGCUAAGUGACAGAGUGGAAUGAUGCUGGCGGCUGUGCGUGUUCUGACCAGGAGGGCCUUUUCCACGGCAAAACCGUUGGGGGCUGCGCAAAUGACAGUCCGGGAUGCUCUAAACAGUGCAAUGGAUGAGGAAAUGGAGAAGGAUGAGCGAGUCUUCAUUCUCGGCGAGGAGGUGGCACAGUACGAUGGGGCAUACAAAGUAUCUCGUGGUCUGUGGAAGAAGUAUGGGGAUAAGCGGGUAAUUGAUACCCCAAUCACAGAGAUGGGCUUCGCGGGGAUGGCCGUGGGGGCUGCAAUGGCUGGCCUAAGGCCAAUCUGUGAGUUCAUGACCUUCAAUUUUGCCAUGCAGGCCAUCGAUCAGAUCAUCAAUUCAGCCGCCAAGACAUUCUACAUGUCAGCUGGCGUGGUAAAUGUGCCCAUUGUGUUCCGUGGCCCCAAUGGGGCUGCUGCCGGUGUAGCUGCUCAGCAUUCCCAGUGCUUUGCCGCGUGGUACGCACACUGCCCCGGGCUCAAAGUCAUCUCCCCCUAUGACGCGGAAGACUGCCGUGGUCUCCUCAAGGCUGCCAUCCGAGACCCGGAUCCUGUGGUUUUCCUCGAGAAUGAGAUCCUCUACGGGCAGCCAUACCCUGUGUCUGAUCAGGUGCUCGAUAAGAACUUCACACUGCCCAUUGGAAAGGCGAAAAUCCAACGUCCUGGCACCCAUUGCACCCUCGUAGCGCACUCCAGGGCUGUCGAAUUGUCCCUCCAGGCUGCUGCUGAGCUUGCAAAAGGCGGCAUUGAGUGCGAGGUGAUCAAUCUCCGGACAAUUCGUCCAUUGGACGUGGAAACGAUAUUCCAAUCGGUGCAGAAGACACAUCAUAUGGUGACGGUUGAGCAGGGCUGGCCACAGUGUGGUGUUGGUUCGGAAAUCUGUGCCAGAGUCAUGGAAUCCGAGACUUUUUUCCACCUCGAUGCUCCCGUUUGGCGUGUUACGGGUGUCGAUGUACCCAUGCCGUAUGCAAAAUCCCUCGAACAGGCUGCCCUGCCGCAGGUACCGGACAUUGUGGCGGCCGUACGGACCGUCCUGGGGGGUAAGUCCAAGUGAGAGAGCUCCACCAGCGUGCACAAUAGGACGGCAAGUCAACUCCGCACCACACAUUGAUAUUAACCCGCCUGGUUGAUUUUGUUUUCGGGUUCCUCAUCGCGCCCCUUUUUUUUUAAUUAGAAUAUUAGCUGGUAAGCAAUAAUUUUUUUGAGAGCAUCCACUUCCCCAAAAUACGAUCCGGAUGCAACAAAAAUUCUUCCUCCUCAAGUCUCAUCUGUCUUUUGAAGAUUCCCCCCAGAGAGAGAGAGAUAGAGAGCCCCUCCACACAAUGGAAGACUGAGGUUCGACCAUAAAGACAAAUGCCCACGUAGUGUUAGAGGGACUGACUUAAAAGAAAAAAAAAACUAAACGAUAGAGAGAGGCCUGUAAAUAAAGAAUAAAAUAAAAUAAAGAUUUACUUAAGAGACGUCCCAGAACUCACGAAAAAAUAAUUACGAGAAAACCGCAAAAAUCACCCCAAAACUCAGGAUUAAAUCUUGACGAUCACACAUUGUAGUUAUAAUUUCUCUUUUCCUUUUCUUUCCUUUUCAUGCAAACGCAUUGAGAGAAUAAAAAAAAUCAUUUUAUUUUAGCGAAAUGAAUUGAAAAUUCACGUGAUUGGGUUUUUUUGUUGUUAUUUUAUAAUGAUAAAAAACAUUAUUAUUUGUUAAAUAUUUUUUAGAGAGAUUAAAACGUGGAUUUGUAAUGAAGGUUUGCAAAACAACAAAGAGUGUAGAAAUAAAACGAAAUCUCUAUUUGGAACAAAA